CCAACUUCCUGGCCCCAGGCAGACUCGAAACAUGGGAGAUAAUAGAAAAAUCCAUUUGGAAAAUACUGCUAGUUGUCUCCCAUCCUCUCUUUCCGUUAAACCCUAUUCCGUGAAGGCAUAGUGGGAGAAUUGUCAAAAUUCUACAGUUUGUCAAUAUACUGAUCCUGAAAUCAACCCUCUAGGCCCUUAGUUCGGUUUCUUUUACAGUCUUUCUAUCCCUUUUCUAUCAUAGAGUCUCCCAUUUCACUGAUGGGCAGCUACAUUUUGUAAUUCUGAAUUGAUUUGAGGGUAUUUUUUCGAACAUAAUAUCAAUAUGACCACUUGGACUCAGAUAAAAAAUUCGUUCUCGAUACGCCAUGACAAAAAGCUGUAAAUGAACUAAAUGCAGAGUAGAAAAGAGAAGAGCUAAAUUGCGAUGCAUGUUUCAAGUCGGAGAUAAAACAAAUCGAGUGCUGGUCAACAGAUCUGCCAGCCGUUAUCUUAACGGUGCUACUAGGCGUUUACUGGCAACAAUGAGCGUGAUAGUGUUUAUUGUCAGUAGUAGCGUGACGUGAGAUGGGGGAGCCGAUCAAUGUGUUGCUUUAUUAAUAAGGAAGAGAAAAAAAAGAAGGGGGUGGGUCUGCGUGGGAAGGAAAUUUGUGGGAGCAGGCAUUUUUGUUUUCGCGCGAACCCAUUGGCCAGUGUAUAAAUCAUCGUCUCAUUUAAGACAGAAGUGUCUAGAAGCAAGACCGCAUUGGUCAGAUCUUCGAGGGUGUAAUUACUACUGGCUUCCUCUCUUUUCUUGUAAAAUGCGUCAAAUUAGAAAGCCUCUGAAUAAAUUCCUUUCGUCCGGUUUGUGAUUGCCGUUAUUUGCCAUUAUUACCCGGGGCUUGCCGAGAAGCACGGGAGUUCGACAACGAUAAAACCAUCGGGCGAGCUGUUGGAGAGAGGGAAACGAACCGCUCGGGGAACGGUCGCAGAACUGUGCGUGAGAAGAAAAAGACGAGCUCGUGGUCACUUUGUGGUCAUCUUCAUUGUCUGCUGACCCCCACGGAGAUUUCAUUCGACUCCUCAGACUCAUAAUAACAUCUCCUGUGUCUGACAAACAGGUUAAAGGAUCAGUGAAGCUUGAACGAGUGUUUUCUUACCAUUUCGUCUCUAGUGACCAAGAGCUCGUAACUUGGCUCAAAGAGUAGACCGGUCUUCUCAAUAUAUAGUAUUUAAGUGACUACAGUACAAAUUUCACUUUAUCUAGACAGCCUUUCCCCCAGAGACCACUGUGAUAAAACUAUUAGGUCAAUUUACUUCAGAUCAUCUCAUUGACGUUAGUCUGGCAUUGAAAUACUCGCUGUGCUGGAUCUAUUGCUCGUGUGGUUGCAUUUUGGUGCUAGUAUUACUCUGCGUCUACGCCACUGAAACAAAAGCAUGACUUGCGCCAGUUAUUUGAGGACUAUCCCCGCUCUCGUCGUUGCAGUCCUAUGUCUGGGAAGUGCGCUGAGCUCACCGUACAGAGACGAGGACCUGAGACCAUUAAUUGCGAGCUCGGCCCUUGACUCGGACACAGGUGUCUUCCUGGACAUGCGCACACGGCGUGGGAGUGGCCAACAGCUGUAUUACUCACCGCAUUCUUUCACCAGCAAGAGGAUGAAUCAGAUAUCGUGCAGCUGCUGUUCCAAUUCCUUCAAUAGCAACUGUUGCUUUCAGUGCAUGCAGAGGCUUGGAAAGAGAAGCGGGGCAAGAUCAGACAACAAAAAUGAGGCUCCUGAACUCCUGAGGAACGGACCAGAGCUAUAUUAUAACGAAGGCGGCCGCAGCAGUGACCAUGACCUCCUUUCAAUGCCCCUUCAACCCGAGGUCAGCGAUUGGCGAGCCAAAGGCAGAGCUUGCUCGUGCUGUCUUUAUCAGAUGCACCAAGAGCCGUUCGCUCAGUCUUGGCCUUGCUGUAGAUUGUGCAAGAGAUCCAAGCGAUCUGUUGGAGCCGUGCCCGCACCAGCUGAGACCAGCAAGAAAGAAACGUGAAGAAAGUCUUGUAGUUGUAGCAUUUCAGACUGAUUAUAAUGACUAAAUACAACACGAGUAACCUCAAUCAGCGCUGAUUGGAAUAAUCAGAAUACGAAGACAUGUUCUGUAUGCCUCCUCCAUCAUAUUAUGCUCGAAAAUUCAUCUAUAUUUUAGGUGGAAAGUAGAAUUGAAAGGACAGUUUUAUCAUGGUGUAAUCAGGCUCUAUUAGAAAAAAAAAAUCAAUUUCAUCGCAGAUAGUGAGAUCAGAAAUAAUUGUACUAAGCAGCAACUGUUCUCUUAUGAAUAUACCCGGCUUGAUGAAACGUCAUUUCUGAACAGGAAGAAAAGCUUUUAUAAAAAUGAGUUGAUUGA